CAAAGUAAGAGAAAGCAGAAGUGUGUCUGGCACAGUGCAGUCAGACAGAUAAACUGAAACAACUGACAGACUGGCAUCUCUAAGAUCCACCACCAUGACAAGCAACUGUUCAUUUCUAGCGGUGGAUGAUCUCAUGAAGACUUUGGAGUUGGUCAUCUACAUCCCCAUAUUUGUUUUUGGUUUGAUUCUUAAUCUUAUAGCGUUAUUAGUUUUCUGCCUAAUUCUUCGCAAAUGGACCGAAUCAACUAUCUACAUGACCAGUUUAGCUCUGAUGGACCUGCUCCUGCUUUUCCCGCUUCCUUUUAAAAUGCAUGCCACCACCCACCUCUGGCGUGCCCACUUCCAACCCCUUUGCUCAUUCCUGGAGUGUCUGUAUUUCAUUGGGAUAUACGGCAGCAUCUACACCAUCAUGUGUAUAGCUGUGGACAGAUGGGUGGCCAUAUGUCACCCGUUCAAAGCCAAGCAGCUGCGUUCACCCAAAGCGGCCUUGGGGACCUGCAUUGGUGUGUGGGUGCUGGUGAUUGCAGUGAUUUCCGCAAAUAUGCAACGUUUCAGGGAGGCCGGGCAGGAAGAGUUCCAUUGUUUCCACAGGUUUUCAGAGAAAGGCUGGAGCCCUGUGGUGAUCACUUGUCUUAUGUUGUUCGGGUUCCUGGUGCCUGCUCUGGUGUUGGUUUUCUGUUCAGUUAAGACCAUCUGGGCUCUGCAGCAGUCAGGACAGCACAGCCAACAGAGCAAGGCCUGUGUGAAGAUCAUCUACAGCGGUCUGAGCGCCUUUCUCCUCCCGUUCACCCCCAGCCACCUGGCCAUCCUGCUGCAGUUCCUGGUGCGCCAAGGUCUGAUUCAGGACUGUGGCAACCAGACCAGGAUCAGCCUGUUCAUCCAGGUAGCGAUGUGUCUGUCCAACAUCACCUGCUGUCUGGAUGCUCUGUGUUAUUACUUCAUCGCCCAUGAGGUGAGGAGCACCAAACACACCAUCAGGUUAUCGAUCCAGAGAAGAGCAACGUUUAGCACUUCUGAAGUCUGAAGACGUGACACAAAAAGAACAAUUUGUCCUCAGAGCGACUGCUGGCACUGAAACCAAGGAAGCGGCAGUGGUUUAUCUCAGCAGCUGGCAGGUUCAUCUAGUGGGUGCAGUACUGGGUGGAAAUACAAUGGGUCGCAGUGUGAUUUCAAUAACCACUAAAGCCAGAGUGAGUCUAAAAUGUAAAGGCUGCGUUAUCUGUCAUAGAUAACAAAUGCAGCGUACAACAAGAUGUGAGAAGCAAUGAGUGUAUUUUGGUCCAGUGAAAGGAAGCAGGCAGACACCUCUGUAACCUCAGACUCUUCACAAACAACUCUGAAACCAAAACGUAAGCUGUAAAAUAAAAAUGCACCAGCACAAUGGAACGCCACAAUGAAUAUGUUUUUAACAGAUAUCGAAGUCACAGUGCCCAUAAGUAUAACUGUGCAAGACAUUGGCAUGAUUCAUUUUAAAGCAGCUCAGAGAAGAUUUUUAUCAGUAUUUUUUAUGAAGACACAGAUCUGAAAAGGAAGCUUUGAAUGAAGAGCCAUGAGGAGAAACUGUACGUUUUAUGGAGAUAUAAUUAAUGAUUACACAUUUUAUUUAAAUGGAAAUUAUUACACAUAGAUAGGGAUUUAAACUGAAAAGUAUGAAACUUGGAAUUUCUAUCUCAUUUUAUAUUUAACUCUUUCAUGCAUGAAUUGUGAGAACCUUAAUCAAGAUUUUUUCCUGAGUGUUUUUAUUCCUCUUUCAGCAUAAAAAAAACCCACUGCGAUUGAAUUUUUUU